AUGCUUGAACAAACAUAUGGAGUUGGUGUCGCACAAGCCAUUUAUGACAAUCAAGCCGAAUGGCCAGACGAACUGACAUUUAAACGAGGCGAAAUUUUACGUGUGCUUAACGAACGACCGUGUGAGUUCAGUUUUACAUAUUUCAGUCUGUCAGCACGCAAACUAAGAAACUCUGAUAUCCAUCCAGCAAUUUUAUCAACAAAACAAGAUCAACUUACUGCCAAAAGCUCAAAUAUGAAUUUACUUUGUUCACCAAAUACUAGCAUUUUUGGAGCGAAAUUCAGUAAAGGUCAAAAUAGCUUUAUACGAAGUGGCAGUAGAGUACGAGGACUGGUGAAGGUUUUGACUCCGGUUGGUGGUGUUGUAUUAAUAAAGACGGGAGAAGGGGCAUUGCACCGGCAAAUCGCUUACGAAUGUUACAUCGAUUCGAGCACAGUUUAUCAUCUCAGAGAAGAUGAAAUGACUGCUGAUAAAUGA